CCCAGUCUGUUCCGCCUCACGUUUACACCUUGCUGUAGAGGAAGGUCCUCUGGGGUGAGCGAGGCACUCUGACAGCUGAGGGUUAACCCGCCCCAAGCUCCGUUAUCUCCUGUCGCAGGCCGAGGCCCCCCACGCCCUGCCGCCCUGUCUGGAGGCUGGCGGGGCUGGGGCAGCAGCGUUCUCCUCCCGGGGCAGGCUCAGGGCUGCGCCACGCUGCCACGAGCUGCCGCCUGCCUGCUGUGGCCCGGGUGCAGCGCGGGGACUCUGCGUGGGAUCCAGGCGGGCCCCGGGGGAGAGCAUCGUUGAGUAUGACCUCAAGGAUAUUUCGUACAAAGUGAAGAGCCCUAUGUGCCAUGAGCUGACAGUCCUUGGCUCCUUGGAUGAACCGAUGGUAUUUAACUUCGAAGAAGAGCGGGAGGCACAGAAGUGGUGGACGGUCAUGAGCAGCUCCCUCCGGGAGGUGCAAAAAGCCUCUGACAGCAGCAGUAUGCUGGCAUCCCAGACCCCAUCCCUGCCUAUGGCUGCUGAAGGCGCCUCUGCAGCUGAGGAUCCAGAGGAAUCUUUGUUCUCAGAGCUUACGAACAAAGAGGAUCUGGCGCUUCAACUUGCCGAAGCGAUUGAGUUCGGAGACGAGGAGGCGGCCUCGCAGUGUGCUGUGGCUCUGGCUCGCCAGCAAGCCUCUUUAAAUAUCCUGCUGAAGGAGUCCAACUACCCCACAGAUGAAAUCUGUAUGAAGGUUGUUGUGGAAGAUGCCACGAGUUCUGCAAACAUCACCAUCAGGGUUCGUGCUCACACUACGAUAGCGACACUCAAGCAGCAGGUGUUCCAGGACUAUGGGUUCCACCCCUUGGUUCAGCGAUGGAUCAUCGGGCAGUGCCUGUGUGUGGAUGAACGGACAGUUUCCUCGUACGGCAUUCGCCGGGAUGGAGACACCGCGUUUCUGUAUCUGCUCUUGGCAAAGACGGUCGAGCUCACUGAGCAGCGCUAUGAGGAGGAUAUGGCAAAAGCCAUGAUGAACUUCAGCUUCUCACUGAGCGACAGCGCCAGCGCUGGGGAAAACCGCAAAUACAGUACCCUGCCAAACAUGUCUCCGAAGAAAGCGUGGGAGAGUGACAUCAGCAGGAAGAUGGACAUUGGUGAAAUCAGCCACCACUUGGAUAUGCUGCAGAUUGGUGACCUUUUCAAUAACCAGCCAAAACCUGCUCCCACUAGCACAGCCUUGCCUUCGCCAGUACAGGCGGGCUGGUCGUGUCCAAAGUGUACCUUUAUCAACAAGCCCACACGUCCGGGCUGCGAGAUGUGCAGCACGGACCGCCCCGCCGAUUAUGUGGUCCCUGGCAGCUACGAGCCAGAUGAAACAGAGCUCUGGAGGAUGCAACAGGAGCAGGAGGGAAUCUUGCAGUACCAGCAGGCGCUGGAGGUCGAGCGGAUGAAGAACUUCCAGCAGCUGCUGCAGAUGGACAAGGAGAUGCUGGUGCCCAACCAGGAGGUGCUGGAGUGCCUCAUCUGCUACCAGCAGGUCGCCCCGGGAGAAGGGGUGCUGCUCCGCGAGUGUCUGCACAACUUCUGCAGGGACUGUCUGCGCCAGGUGAUCAACUACAGCGAGGAGCCGGAGGUGGCUUGUCCCUUCCGCGACGACUCCUACGCCUGCGGCAGCCACCUGCAGGAGCGGGAGAUCCGGGCGCUGGUGUCGCCGGAGGAGUACCGGCGCUUCCUCGAGCGGAGCCUGGUGCUGGCGGAGCGGCGCACCCAGAACAGCUUCCACUGCAAGACCACGGACUGCCGGGGCUGGUGCAUCUACGAGGACUCGGUGAACGAGUUCCGCUGCCCCAUCUGCCAGGCCCUCAACUGCCUGCUCUGCAAGGCCAUCCACGAAGGGAAGAACUGCCGCCAGUACCAGGAUGACCUGCAGGCGCAGGCGCAGAACGACUCCGCCGCCCGGCAGACCAACGACAUGCUGCAGACGCUGGUGCAGAUCGGCGAGGCCAUGCACUGCCCCACGUGCCUCAUCAUUGUGCAGAAGAAGGACGGCUGCGACUGGAUCCGCUGCACCGUCUGCCAGACCGAGAUCUGCUGGGUGACCAAGGGGCCGCGCUGGGGGCCCGGGGGCCCGGGGGACACCAGCGGGGGCUGUCGCUGCAACGUCAACGGACAGAGAUGCCACCCUCGGUGCCAGAACUGCCACUGAGUGCCCGCCUGGCCGGCCCCGUGGGGACGGGGGACGGGGCGGCCGGCGGGGGAGCAGCUCCCGUCCCUCGGCAGGACGCCCCGGCGUGGCUGGCUGCGCUCCGAGGCGGCGCAGCUGCGGCCUGGCCCGAGAGGCGUGCGGGGAAGAGCCGCGUCCCCCGCCCGGCACGCCGCUCCCGGGCUGGCCGCAGCCGGAGGACAGGACGGACCGAGGGUCUCGCGUGCCCGCAGCCCGGGCGGCGCCGCGUGGCCGACGGCCUCCGCUCCGCGGCCGGCGUGGGGAGCCCGCAGGGACCCGGCCCCGUGCGGAGCCGGGAUGCAGGGGAGGUCGGGGCGGGCGGCGCCGUGCAGCUGCCUGGCCGGCGCGACCAGCGCGGGGGGCGGCGGAGCCCCGUCCCGCGUGCCGGCAGCGCGUCCGGGCAGCGCGGGGCGCCCCAAUAAAGCUGUCUGCGUGUC